AACUCCGCUUAUAGUCGUUUCUCAUUGAACAUUUCUCGACCUCCGUCUUUCUCCACACCAAACACCAAAACCAUGGCGGCUUCUUCUCUGCAAUCCCUAAAACCUACAUUACCCCAAACCCUAUCUUCUCCAACACCUCCCCCUCCCUUCCGAUCUCCCUUCCUCAGAUUCAACUCCCCUCUCACUCCCAAACCCCUCGUCUCCCGCUCCUCCUUCACCACCCGCUCCGCCGCCGAGCCGCAGGAGAGAAAAACCUUCCACGGCCUCUGCUACGUCGUCGGCGACAACAUCGACACGGACCAGAUCAUCCCCGCGGAGUACCUCACCCUCGUCCCCUCCAACCCCGACGAGUACGAGAAGCUCGGCUCCUACGCCCUGAUCGGCCUCCCCGCCUCCUACCGACGGUUCGUCCAGCCGGGGAGACGAAGACGAAGUACUCGAUCAUCCGGCGGGGAGAACUUCGGGUGCGGGUCGUCUCGGGAGCACGCGCCGGUGUGCCUGGGGGCGGGGGGGCGAAGGCGUGGUGCGCAGUCGUACGCGAGGAUCUUUUUCAGGAACUCGGUGGCGACGGGGGAGGUUUAUCCGCUCGAUUCGGAGGUUAGGGUUUGCGACGAGUGCAGGACGGGUGACGUGGCGACGGUGGAGUAGGAAGGGGAUAGUGUUUUGAUUAAUCAUACGACCGGGAAGGAGUAUAAGCUGAAGCCUAUUGGUGACGCUGGGCCUGUGAUUGAUGCUGGUGGGAUCUUUGCUUAUGCUAGGAAAGCUGGCAUGAUUCCUUCUGCUGCUGCUCCUGCUCCUUGAUUUGAUUUGAUUUCCCACAGGUAUAACCAAACUCUUCGUUAUCUUAUGUGUGUGUAGUGAAAAUGGGAUUGAGUUUGUUGAAUUUGUCUGGAAGCUUGAGAUGAUACAAAGAUUCUGGUUAGUUGAAUUUGUGUGAGUGACUAUGGUUCUUCAUUCAAGUUUCGUCCCUCUCUUUAGAUGCAAUCAUCUUUGGGGUUGUAUAAU